UAUUGGUUUAUGUUGUUUGGGAUUUAGAGUCUUCGGUUUUCACCUUAUGAGAAUCACCAUCACUUUAAAUUGUUUAAUUAGCAAAUUAUUCACUUGUGACAGUUAAAUUUGUUUUAAUUUUCUAAUUAAUCAACUUGAUUAAAUUGAUUGUCAAAGAUUUGAUUGGAUUAUAUUAUUUUUUUUUCUUUGUUCUUUGUUGUUAAAAGAUUUUGGAUCAUCGUUGAGAGAAGGGUGAAAGAUGUCGGUUGAUCCAAUUGAAGUUAAUCAAGAUGAGGCCAUCAUUGCCCAGCAAAGGCAGAUUGAAAAAGAAAUCGCUGACAGUAUUAAGCUUGUUGGUGAUAGAAUGGAUUUAUCAUUUUUAUUGAGUGAAUAUCCUGAUGAAGAUGAUCUUAUCAGAAAUAAAAUAAAGUCUUUGGUGAAAAAAUAUCAUCUCCUACGGAGGACAAGACCUGAUGGAAAUUGUUUCUUCCGUGGAUUUACUUACGCAUACUUUGAAUACCUAAUAACCGAUGAACAAGAAUUGGAUAGGUUCAUUGGUGUUUCCAACAAAAGUAAAGAUGAUUUAAUUGCUUUAGGUUUUCCCUCUUUUACCAUUGAAGAUAUUAAUGAAAACUUUAUGCAUGCCUUAAACCUACUGAAAACCAAGGAGGUGUCAAAUGAACAACAAUUGCUUAACCUUUUCAAUGAACAAGGUACAUCUGAUUAUUUGGUUGUUUUCAUGCGACUCUUAACAUCCGGAUAUUUACAAAUGAACCAAGAGUUUUAUUCUAGUUUCCUUGAUAGUGGAUUAACAAUGAAAAAUUUUUGCUCCCAUGAGGUCGAACCAUUAAAUAAGGAAAGUGAUCAUAUUCACAUUAUCGCAUUAACUUCAGCUAUUGGAGUUGGUGUGUGUAUUAAUUACCUGGACCGUGCUCAAGGUGACCAAGUAACUGUUCAUUAUUUUCCAGAUAAUUGUGAUCCAAAAAUUCAUCUUCUUUAUCGUCCCGGUCAUUAUGAUAUACUCUACCUACGGACAGAGAAAGUUCAAUGAGAUUAAAACUCAAUUAAACAAAGCAAAACAAACAGUCAACAAAAAGGUAGAGGUUACGGUGAACAAGAAAUAAUAUCCAUUUUCAAGGGACGGAAAGAAAUUUAAUGAAAACAAAGAGAAACAAAACAAAAAUCUAAUUACUAAAUCAAAUAUUAAGCUAUUCAGUGUGAUCCAAUCACCUCUGAAAAUCAAUCACUGAUCAACGAGAAGGAGACAAAUCAAAAAAUCAAUUUUUCAUAUCACUCUCUUUUCUCAAACUAAUUUGUCCAAUAGCUUUAAUGAUUUGAAUAAAGUUGCAAUGUUUGCAAUCUUAA